CCGCUCCCGCUCUCACCGGGCAGCGCGGCCGGAGCCGGGCGGGAGGCAGGGACAACCCUGAUGGGGGAGAGCAGGACCAGCUCCAUGCUGGCAUCAAACCUGGUACCAAAUCCCAGUCCAAGAGCUCCACCAUCCUAGAACUGAGUCUGUGCCUGGGGGCAAGGAGCCCCCCAUAACAGGGCUUUCUGAUCAGACAAGGCACCUCACACAGAACAGCUUUCUGCAGGGAGAAACAAACAGCCUGGCUGGAAACACCCUGGAAAUAAAGACACAGGAUGAACCUGAGGAAGUACCUGAUCCGGGCACUGCACCGCCUGCAGAAGGGCCCUGGCUACACCUACAAGGAGCUGCUGGUCUGGUACUGUGACAACACCAACACCCAUGGCCCCAAGCGCAUCAUCAAAGAGGGCCCAAAGAAGAAAUUAAUCUGGUUCUUCCUAACGCUGCUCUUCGCAUCUCUGGUCUUCUGGCAGUGGGGAAUCCUCAUCAACACCUACCUGUCCUACAACGUCACCUCCUCUCUCUCCAUUGGCUUUAAGACCAUGAAGUUCCCCGCAGUCACAGUCUGCAAUGCCAAUCCUUUCAAGUACUCAGAGGUGAAACACUUGCUGAAGGAGCUGGACAGGCUCAUCGAGGCAGCACUGGAGAGGAUCCUGCAGCCCACGCCAGGGAACAGCAGUGAGAAGGUCUCCCCACCACUCAACCUGGAGCUCUGGCACCAGAUACCCCUGGUCCUCAUUGACGAACAUGACAAAGACAACCCUGUCAUCCUGGACAUUUUUGAGAGCAACCAGACCUCUGCAAUCAACCAAACCUUUGCUGACAACGCAACGGCUGAUGGUAACCAAACCUCCAUGGACAACCAAAUGGAUGGCAACCAAACAGCUGAGGGCAACUGGACUUCUGUGACCAAUGAAACAGCUGCUCCAGCUGCCCCAGCCAACACCACAUCAGAAGAAAAGAAGUACAAGCUGGCAGUGAAGCUGUGUAGCCACCAGGGCUCUGACAACUGCACCUACAGGAACUUCACCAGCGCAGCGCAGGCGGUGACCGAGUGGUACAUCCUGCAGUCCACCAGCAUCCUCUCCAAGGUCCCACUGCAGGAGAAGAUCAGGAUGGGAUACCAGGCUGAGGAUAUGAUACUGGCAUGUCUCUAUGGGGCUGAACCCUGCAACUACAAAAAUUUCACCCAAAUCUAUCACCCAGACCACGGUAACUGCUACAUCUUUAACUGGGGCAUGGACGAAGAGGCUCUGAACUCCUCCAACCCCGGAGCAGAGUUUGGGCUGAAGUUAAUUCUGGACAUCAGCCAGCAAGACUACAUCCCUUACCUGUCAUCAGCUGCCGGGGCCCGGCUGAUGCUGCACCAGCAGAAGAGCUUCCCCUUCCUCAAGGAUCAGGGCAUCUACGCCAUGGCUGGGACAGAAACCUCCAUUGGGGUGCUGGUGGAUGAACUGGAGCGGAUGGGCUACCCCUACAGUGACUGCACCAUCAACGGCUCUGAUGUCCCUGUGAAAAACCUCUACAGCCAAUACAACACUUCCUAUUCCAUACAGGCCUGCCUGCGCUCCUGCUUCCAGAACCACAUGAUGGAGACCUGUGGAUGUGGGCAUUACAUGUUCCCUCUGCCUGCAGGGAUCAGCUACUGCAAUAACGAAGCCAACCCAGGCUGGGCCUAUUGCUAUUCAUCACUGAGAUCCAGCAUAAAGCACAGACAGAUUUGCAUUGACUCUUGUAAGGAAACGUGCAAUGACACACAGUACAAGAUGACCAUCUCCAUGGCAGACUGGCCAUCAGAGGCUUCGGAGGAUUGGAUUUUCCAUAUUUUGUCUUAUGAAAGGGACAUGUCAACAAAUGUGACUCUGGACAGGAACGGGAUCAUCAAGCUGAACAUUUACUUCCAGGAGUACAACUACCGCACCAUCUCAGAGUCAGCUGCCACCACGAUUGUUUGGCUGCUGUCGAGCCUGGGGGGUCAAUUUGGGUUCUGGAUGGGGGGCUCGGUGCUGUGCCUCAUCGAGUUUGGGGAAAUCAUCAUCGAUUCGCUGUGGAUCACCGUGAUCAACCUCAUCAGCUGGUGCAAGGGGCUGAAGCAAAGGCGGGCGCAGGCGCGGUACCCAGACAUCCCCCCCACGGUGUCGGAGCUGGUGGAGGCUCACACCAACCUGGGCUUCCAGCACGAGGACCUGGGGGCUCUCCCCAGGGAAGAGGGGCUGCCCCAGCCCGGAACCCCCCCACCCAACUACGACUCCCUGCGGUCCAGCCCCCCCCACGUCCUCGGUCCCGACAGCGACGCGGAACCCGAGUGAGCAGCGAGUGUCCCCUCCCCAGGGGGCAGGGCCUGGCACUGCUGAGGCAUCCCUGCUCUCCAUCCAUCCCCGGAAAGAAUGAACAGCCCUUCCCGUCCGUGCUGCCCCCCCAUGAACGUCUUCACUGUGAAGGUGCUCUGCUUAAUAAACCCU